CCCUCCCUCAGCAGCCGGCACCCCGCUGGUUCUCUCAGGCCACGCUGCGCCCGGCCCCCGGAGGUUCUGGGCUUCACUGCCAGUUCCGCGAGCAUCCGUGGCCUUGGAGCCAGAGAGCAGGGCUCGGAUGCGCUCCGCGAGGCCGCUUGGCCCACGGCCCACUGGCACCGCGCCCGCCCCACGGGUCCCGCCCCGUCGGGGACGCAGGCAGCACCCGCCCACCUGCGCCCCUCUCUCCGGCGCGCCAGUCCUCCUGCGCAGAGUCGAGCGACGCGCGCGUUUCCCCCCUGCCCAGUUGGUGCAGCCAUGGCCAAGACCUCUUCCCCGCGGCCCGCAGUCCUGGCGGUGACUGCGCUGGCUCUGUUCUUGCUGUUGUGUCUGGGCCCAGGUGGCACAAGUGGAAAUAAACUCAAGCUGAUGCUUCAAAAACGGGAAGCACCUGCUCCAACUAAGGCUGAAGUGGCUGUUGACGAGAGCAAAGCCAAAGAAUUCUUAGGCAGCCUGAAGCGCCAGAAACGGCAGCUGUGGGACCGGAGCCGGCCAGAGGUCCAGCAGUGGUACCAGCAGUUCCUCUAUAUGGGCUUCGACGAGGCGAAAUUUGAAGAUGAUGUCACCUAUUGGCUGAACAGAGAUCGGAACGGACACGACUACUAUGAUUACCACCGUCACUAUGAUGAAGACGCCCCCAUUGGUCCCCGGAGCCCCGACAGCUUUCGGCAUGGAGCCAGCGUCAAUUACGACGACUACUGACCAUUAUGACGUGGUGUACGAGAAACCAGGGGCCAUCCUCUGUCUUCUUCAUGAUGCCUGACGCUAGUUGGUUUCUGUUGUGCUUUAUUUCAGUUUUUUUCUGCCCACUUUCUCUGACCAGAAAGGAAGAGUUAAAGAAUAUAAGUGCCUUUAGAUAUUUCAUGCAACAGUACAUUUCAUUUAAAAAUAGCAAUAAAAGCAUUUUGUUAAAAAGAAAAGUCUCAAAAUGGAUUUGGAUGAAAAUUAAGCUGGUGACAGUUUUUAUCCCCUGGAUGUUUCUGCAGUUGAAGUUCCUCCGUUAUCAUCCCAAGUGUAACCCUUCCAAGAAUCAUCACCACCGCCCCCACACACACACCCGGGACUCAGCAAGCAUCCUGCAUUUGUUAAAAUUUAGUCCACUUUAGAUGCAAGAUAUAAAACCAGCAAGAAAGUGUAGUUGAACAUUAUUUAAGGUUACAGAACUAGGCUUUCUGGGUUUCAGGCCCAGAGCUAGAGCUGGACUUGUUUAAUGUUAUCAUUCAAGAAAUGAAGAGUAAGAGAAAAAACCUGAAGUUUGCUUGAUUUCAGAGCCUCGCCUAUAUUAAAAAACUAAACCUUGUUCAAUGAAUUCAAGAAAGAUUUAGGAAUAUAUUUCAUAUCACAUUUAAACCACCAGAGUGAGAGAAAGAGAA